CAAAACCACAGAGAUCAGAGAGAGCGACCAGCCGGUGCCAGAUCAAAAUACAAACAAUGGGCAAGAAGCACAAAAAGCAUAAGUCCGAAAAACACGGACAUGAAGAGUACGGAGAGAGACCGCUGAAGCUGGUGUUGAAGGUGUCCGGAAACGAGGUGACGACGGGAAGCUCGAGUCUGGAUACAUUUUAUGACGAACAGCCGGCGGACUACGACAAACCCAAAGAGAAGAAAAAGAAAAAGAAGAAGGAUAAAGAGAAGAGUUUAGGGUCUCCGGAGGAUGACAGAGGAAAGAAAAAGAUGACAAAGAAGAAGAAAGGACAGGAAGCAGAAGAUGAUGAACGGAGCAGAACUCCCAUACGUUCAGAGCUGGAUAAACUGGAAGAAAGGGAACAAACUCCUCUGCAGGAAGCUUUGAACCAGCUCAUCAGGCAGCUUCAAAGGAAAGAUCCCAGGGCGUUCUUCUCGUUCCCGGUGACAGACCUCAUUGCACCUGGCUACUCUAUGAUCAUCAGACGGCCUAUGGACUUCAGUACAAUGAAGGACAAAGUAAAGAAGGGUUACUAUCAGUCGUUGGAUGAAAUCACGGGGGAUCUCAGGGUUAUGUGCGAAAAUGCCAUGAUUUACAACAAACCGGAGACGAUUUACCAUAAAGCAGCUAGAAAACUGUUACACUCUGGAUUGAAGAUCUUGAACCAGGAAAGACUGGAGAGCCUGAAGCAGAGCAUAGACUUCAUGUCUGGCCUCGACCCUUCUGCCAAACUGCCGGGAAAGACUGAGGACCAAGGGGGCACCAGCCUGGACCAGAACAGAGAAGGACCCUCCACCACAGGCACCAGCGAGAGAUCCCAGACACCCGGCACAACCAGACAGGAAAAGGACUCCAAGGACGAGGCUGCAAAGGUAGAGAAAGAGCUUCAGGAAAUCCGCAAGGUCAUCGAGGAGUCUGGAGGAAAGCUGUCCAACAGAGUGCUGCAGUGUGAUUUGGAGUUUGCAAGGCGAAAGUCUGACGGCUCCACCACAAUGGCAAUCCUCAACUCAGCUGAUCCAUCAGCAGGAGAUGCUGGUUACUGUCCCGUGAAACUGGGCAUGAUGUCCAAUCGGCUGCAGAGCGGUGUGAACAGCCUGCAGGGCUUCAGGGAGGAUAAGAGGAACAGGAUCACUCCAGUGUCCUACGUCAACUACGGGCCGUUCACCUCCUACGCACCCACCUACGACUCCAGCUUCGCCAACGUCAGCAAGGAGGAUUCUGACCUCGUGUUCUCUCUCUAUGGAGAGGAGUCCCAGCCUCUGGGCUCAGACAGCUUGUCAAAGUUCCUCGCCAAGUCAGACGAGUAUGUGUACAAACUGGCGGACAAUGUUCUGGAUGCAAUGACGAACGGCGAGCAUUCAAAAACCCUGAAGGAAGCCGUGCCGGUGGAGGAGGACACAAACGCACAAAAGGACGCGGAGGACAUGGAGAUGGUUAAACCCGAAGCAUCCAACUGCAACAGGCUCGACUUCCUGCGCUCUGCUGCAGGCCUGCAGAUGGCUGAGGAGCUCUCUGGGGAGGCCCUGCACUUCCAGCAGAAAUUGGACGAGACUACAAAGCUCCUGCGUGACUUGCAGGAAGCACAGAAGGAGCGUCUGAGCACUAAGCAGCCACCGAACAUGAUUUGCUUGAUGGCACCAACUGCCAAGGAGCUGGAGCUGGCUGAGAAGGUAACCGGGAACUUAGCCGAGUUGACUGGUCAAGUGGCCCCCUGUGACGUCAGCAGUGUCUAUGGCAUCAGGAAGGCCAUGGGCAUCGCUGCUCCUCCAGAACCACCCGGGCCCUUCAUUGACCUCACCACAGUUCAGGAGACGGCAGAACCAAUGGAGUCCUUGUCCGGUGGUCCAGUUCCAGUCAUCACUGUAUGAUGAAGUUCCAACCACCGUUACUGUUUGAUAAGUUAAGUUUUGUAUGAAAGGUGCUUUUUGUGUGACAUUUGUAUGCAUUUCAGUCAUUAAACCUCUUUUUAUAUACAAGUCUUGGCUCUUGUGAAAUAUUGUAUGACAAACUGCAGACAUAGGAAAACAUUUAUUACAUUCUGUAGCUGUACAAAAUUCAAUGUCACAUUUGUUCACAUAAAGGCCAAUACAUUAUUAUUAUUAUUAUUAUUAUUCAACCACAAUUACAGACAAAGUGACGGUCUCAAAAGAUAAGGCCACAAGACGAAUCAAGUUUCAGAGACGCGCAGCGCCGACAGCUGUUCAUCUGAGCUGGAGCUAGAAAACCAUUCACAGCAGGCAGAUUGUUGGAUCACGCAGACUUAAGGACACCAAGGAGAGCGUCACAGGCUUCCCUCAUUGCAGCAUUAAUGCAGACAAGCAGAAUAUACACUUGGAACAGAUGAUGUACAUACAGCACACGGAUUUGUGUAUUUCCUUUUGAAAUGCAGCAACUAUCUCGUCGUAUAUGUAAAAUCAACCAGUCGUUUCUAACUACACAGCUGGAACCUAAAAGCUUGGCCAGAGAGUGAAACUUAGUACUUCUAUUGAUGUCAAAUAUUUCCCCAAGACAGAAGCAAGAAAAGAGUUUUUAUAUAUUUAUCCUCUGCACAGCCUGUUUCUGUUAUUGAAACGGCUCCGUCUAUCCGCCUCACAUAUGGCAUGCUCAUUACACAGUAACAGAGCAGUGUGCCCAUCCGGUCUCAAAACUGGAAAACCAGAUGGGUUUCAAAUUAUGAUCCAAACAGAAUCCAUUGUUUUGUUUUUAAAGGACCACAGAGGUCUUCAAAAAACAUAUCACAACCGUAUUUGGCAUUAGUACAAUGCGCUUUUUUUAUUUUUCUAUCGCAAACAACAUCUAAGUUAAAGACAAAAAGUACAAAAGUGACUGAUCACUAGACGUAAAUGUAUGUAGAAAAACAACCGAUCAUCUCUCCACCAUGACCGCCACAUCCUGAGCCGUUCAACAGGUCUGGAGUAGAAAGUGUUGAUCGAGUGUCGAAUCCAACAAACACAGCAAAGUCCUCAGUAUUUUCAUUCAUUACCAUCACAGGAAACACAGUCUGUAUCACAGUCUAUUCUGUCUCAACACUUGUGGAGUCUAUAAACUCUUGGCUUGAGUCUGUCUCCAGUUGUGGCGUUUGUGUCGCCCUGGCCUCAGGUCAGACCCAUACCUUGCUGCUUGCUCAUGUCGGUGCACACAAAGAAGGUUUUCAGCUCCCCUUUGCCCUUGACGUUGAUGAGUCCCCGACACUCGCACGAGUAGCCCAGCCUGUGC